UCCGGCGUCAUGUGGGACCACGAUAAAAAAGGGUGUUCCUCUUACGCAUUGAGUCGUCGCAAGUUGGCAGUUAACAGGCGGGGUUAACUGGAAGUGUAUUUUAUUGCGUCUUAUCUAUCUAUUGGUGCUGGACCACUGACCGACUUAGAUGUCCGAAUAAUAGUGUUGGUGGGCAAGAGGACGGACCAUGAAGGAGAACAGGGCAUUUUUACUAUGGAUUACAACGGUCUCUCUUGUAGAGUGCACACGAAUACUGUCACAUGUGGAGCGUUAUGAUGUUAUGGUUCCUCAAAGGCUGCACACCAGAGGAAAGCGGAGUCUCUUUACAGAUAAGCUCUACCCUGAUGUGCUAGGAUAUGAAUGGACCAUUGAUGGAAGGAACCACACAAUUCAUCUCGAAAAAAAUAGCCAUCUCCUUGGUAGAAAUUACACUGAAACAAAUUAUCUGGAAGAUGGAAGUCGUGUUACGACCCCAGGCAGUCAGGACCACUGCUAUUACCAGGGCCACAUCGAAGGCAUGAUGCACUCAUCAGUCAGUGUGGACAUCUGCCAGGGCAUUAAGGGCUUCAUAAGGGCCAGGCAGCAGGUGUAUUUCAUCGAGCCCCUGGGAGGCACUGAAGAUGGGGAUCACGCCGUGUACCGACCCGAGCACCUCAGAGUCAGCAGUGGCAGCAGUAGCAGCAGUAGCAGUAGUAGUAGUAGUAGUAGUAGUAGUAGUGGUAGUAGUAGCAGUAGUAGUAGUAGUAGUAGUAGUAGUAGCAGUAGUGGUAGUAGUAGUAGUAGUAGUAGUAGUAGUAGUAGUAGUAGUAGUAGUCGUAGUAGUAGUGGUAGUAGUAGUCCUGGAUCCAGAUCCUCUCCCAGCAGCUCAGAGGAUUAUGAGACGGACCAUGACCUGGGACCAAGGCUAUCAGGUCUCUUCAAGUCCAAAUCCUGGAAAAGAGAUCAAACUCCCAGCUCCCUGCGGUUUGUGGAGUUGAUCGUUGUCGUUGACAACGCAGAGUAUAUUAUAUUUGGAAGCCAGACAAGAGCCCGGGUUUUAGGAGCCGUAAAUCACAUUGACAAGUUGUACCGAACGCUAGGCAUUCGAAUUGUGCUGGUGGGCCUGGAGAUAUGGAACCACAGGAACUACAUCGACCUAGACCCCAACUCAGAGACCACCCUGGACCGGUUCCUUCUGUGGCGCCAAACCGACCUUCUGAAGAGGACACCACAUGACAACGCCCAGUUUGUCACUGGCGUCGAUUUUGAAGGCGACACCGUCGGUUUGGCAAACAAGUUUGCCAUGUGUACGGGAAAUUCAGGCGGGGUCAAUCAGGAUCACCAUGACAACCUAAUUGGCCUGGCGUCCACCAUUGCCCAUGAGAUGGGUCAUAACUUUGGCCUUUCCCACGACUCACCGGAGUGUGAGUGCACAUCGUCGCUCAUCGGUGGCACCUGUGUCAUGGCCGACAAGCUCAGAAAAGGAUCCCUGGCCUUCCCCGAGUUCUUCAGCAGCUGCAGCGAGGUGCAGCUCGCCGAGUUCCUGGAGAGAGCCCAGCCCAACUGCCUGUCCAGUCCCACCGGCGCCGACACCAUCGUCAUCGGCCCGCGCUGCGGGAACGCCAUACUGGACGCGGGCGAGGACUGCGACUGUGGCACCGCAGAGGAGUGCAGGAAUCCUUGCUGCGACGCAACGACGUGUCGUCUGGCCAUGGGCUCCCAGUGUGCUCAUGGAGAAUGCUGUACCAACAGCUGCCAGUUUAAAGAGGUGGCCAGCGUGUGUAGGGGGGCGGCCGGGGAGUGCGACCUACCCGAGUACUGCACCGGCCUGUCGGAGAAGUGCCCCGAGGACAGUUUCGUGAUGAACGGGAAGCCCUGCCAGAACCAAGACCGCGGCUUCUGCCACGACGGCCAGUGCCCCACUCACAGCCACCACUGCUGGAGGCUGUUCGGAACAGCUGCCACGGUGGGAUCAGAGGGCUGCUUCGACCUGAACAGGAAAGGGCAGGAUGAGGCCCACUGUGGGAGGAACAGAUACGGCUACAUCCCCUGCACCCCCAACAAUGUAAUGUGCGGCUCCAUCUUCUGCGAGGGAAGCGGGGACUCCAUCACGGGGAAAAAGGCGGUGUUCACCAGGCCGGGCAAGGCCCCGUGCCUGGUGGUGGUGGACGACGAGGGGAGCAGGCACCUGGACAUGGUGCCUGCCGGGAGCAGAUGUGGACACAAUAAGGUCUGCAUCAACAACCAAUGUGUGGACACGUCGGUGUACGGACUCAAGGACGAUUGCUCUAGGAAGUGCAACAACAGAGGGGUGUGUAACCACAAGAAGCAGUGCCACUGUGAUCCGGGCUGGGCGCCUCCUUACUGCGAAGAGCAGUACGUCGACCAGCACCAAGACCAAAGCGCGUUGAUCGCUGGUGUGGUUUCAGCGCUGGUCAUUCUCUUGGUAUUCAUCGCCGUGGCGAUAGGACUGAUGUGCUGUAAGAAGCGCAGGAAGGAGAACUAUCCUUCCAAAAGGAAGGUCCACUACACUCCGGGGAAGCUGAACCCCAUGUUCCAGGAGCAGGUCUCUAAUGGCAAACUGCAGAUCAGCGCGCCUACCUUCAUGGACAGCACGGCCACACACGCCUGCACCCCUCUGUUUGUGAGCGGGGUGCCCUGCCGGCCUGCCCCACAGCCGCCACAGAAAUCAACAGAGUCGAACGCUGCUCAAUCUGAGUCGCUGAAAACAGAACCUCCUUGUAGAUCCCCACCGCCCUUGAAUAGCAAGCAGGUGAGUCACUGAACCAAAGAGAAACACAGCAGUAAUCUUCUUAAUCUCUUUAUCUCAUUUCUGGGGGAAAAAGUGGUCCCAUACCAAGAAAAGCUAAAGUGGAGCCUGUCUAUUUCAACAAAGACGCCAUUGUGUGUUCAAUUGUAUUAUACAAACCUGACCUUUUGAACUCCUUCACACUGUUUACCGUCCAAAACGAUUGCGCCACCAGUGAUGAUCUCGGAGAAGUACAGCCCUUCUCCUGAUCACUCAAUAAAGUCCAGCCCUUCUCCGGUAUUGUCCAGUUCAUCACGGGUCUCCUCAGCCAAGCCCAGCCCCCCACCGACCCCGUCAGCAAAGCCUACUCCUUCUAUAUACCGUCCAGUCAUUUCCAGUCCACGACUAGUUCACCAAGUCCACUGCAGUCCUUCUCUGGUCCGGUCCAACCCUCCACCCCCAGUCCCCCCAGUCAAACCCAGUCCUUCUCUGGUCCGGUCCAAUCCACCACCAGUCCCUUCUACGAAGCCCAGUCCUUCUAUGAUCCGGUCAAACCCUCCACCACUCCCCCCAGUCAAGCCCAGUCCAUCUCCCGUCCGUCCAGUCAAAUCCAGCAGUGCUUCCCCCAUACCUCCAGUGAAGCCAUCCUCUUUCAAGACAUGAAUGUCCACAGAGGUGUGUCUUCAUCUCAGUGAGUGAUGCUGCUACUCUGCACGGUUUCAUGUAUUUAACCCCCUUAUAGAGUGUGUUGUACAGCCUCUCCUGCUGGCCCAGAAAGGCUUCAAGGCAAAGGCGGACAAUUGGCAGGACCCAGGGUUCUGAAGAAGAGCUUCCUGUGAGCAGCAACAACAGGAAGUCAACAUAAGUCUUGUAUGACUUGCGCUUAUACAAACAUUGUGGAACCCAUUUAAUGAUCGAAGACUGAUUUGCUUAUUUAGUUAAGAGGAGGAGAAGAAAGUUCCUUUUGAAGAGCCGUCUUUAUUAUGCACCUUUUUUUAAUGAGAAAGGAGACUCUUUCAUACAUGUUAUUUUUUCUGCUCAUUUGGUUCAAACGGCAGUCUGUGCCUUACGAAAUCUACUCCUUGCUUCUGCAGACGUGCUUCUACACUUCCUAAAACUCAAUGGUACCGGCGUUUUUUUUCACUUUUCUCAUGAAAUAAUUAAUUAUUUUGCCGUAACCUUUAAAGCAUUCCCAUCUCUACUUGUGUUGCAACUAUGCCUCCAUGACUUGGUGGCAACUAGACAAACCUGAUGAACCAAAUCAUCCGUGUUCUGGCAGCCAGCGGCCUAUUGGUCUGUGGAGUAUAAUGAUCAUGAGCUCCACGCCUGAGAAGGACCAUAGAGCUUCCAGUACAGUCACUUCAGUGUUAUUGGCAGAUGCUCCACAAUAGAGCAGUGUGUUUAUAUGCCUCAUGUAUGUACGUCCAUACGGAUGAGAAAAUUAAUGUAUUUACGGGGUAAAACAACCACACUUGAAACACUUGAGAAUCUUUGUACACCUCGGCAAAGUGCCGGACGUGCGAGACACGGGAAAAACGAUUUACACGAGGAGCACUUUAGCACUGCUUCAGUCGUGUUAUAAAGUUGACUCAUUGAUAAAUCGUAAAAGUGCAUUUUCUCAUAUGUUUUUUUGUUAGUCUCAAAGGAGCUCUGAUUUCUUUGUAAAUCACCAGUUUGUACAUGUGUGUUUUGUACAAAAGAGUCAGUAUUAAGUAAAAAAAAAAUCAAAUCGAAAUUGAAUGAUGUGUUACAUUCAGGGUUGGCCAGUAACACUUCACAUGUUUAAGCCUUCAUCCAGUAUUCUGCAUUCCUUUGCUUCAUACCUUUCCAGUGGGAGUAUAUAGUGUUAAGUGCAUAUCAAAGGGUGGAACAGCCAGUGUUCCAGUGUGUACUUCACUGCAUAAACAGUUUCUUCUCAUUACAGUUUUGCAACCCGUAAUGUAAACACAUGAGAUGAAGUAGAAGUCGAUAUAAACAGUACUGCUUGUGAAAACAGAACCAGCUCUUCAUCUGCUGGGAGAAAUAGAUCUGAGGCUCCUUGAAACGUUGAUCAAUUUCUAUUGCAUACACCAAUGUCAAAUGUAAUCGUUAUUGUUUCAUAUCUCCCGAUGAGGCGAGAAGGUGUAUGAACGCAACCUUGUGUCUCGAGUACAGCCACUGCUAAUGAUUACAACAACCCGAUGGUCUCAAAGAGUCCCCACCGUGGGAUGAGCUGAUGGGCUGCACAGGGAUCACAUCAGCAGUUUUACAUUUCUCUUUGUAGCCCGCUAAACAGUGAUCCACAUCCUUAUCCUUUUCAAAUCCUUUUUUCACAUAACAGCUGUCCAAAUAAGGACAGCACACAAAGAUAGAUGGAUAGACAAUGAUGUGCCUUAACUCAACUGAGCACAAGCGAGAGGAGUAUCUCGUGCGCCAAUGUUUUUUUGUAUUACUGCAUAAAUUCAACUGAAGUGAAACAUUUUGCAAUGGAAAUAAAAGACGAUAUCUCUUACAA